AUGACCUCUAAUAUGAUACUGAUGCUGCUGGUGAUGAUGGUGUCACCAUAUUGUUGGUAUGAUGCAGAUCCUCAUACACUUGAAAAGGAAUUAGAUCAACAAUUCUUUGCUACAACAAGAACAAGAAGAACAACAGUCGAUGAACAAGAACAGUCUGAACAGACUGUACUCUCUACUACGACUAAGGCAAUAAUAACACCACAUGCAGGGUAUCGUUAUUGUGGAUCGGUAGCUGCUAACGCCUAUAAUACUAUAUCUGAUAAUGUUAAUAGGGUAUUCAUAUUAGGACCAUCACAUCAUCAAUAUUUGGAUAAUUGUGCAUUACCACAUCCAUCUAUUCAUCAAUAUGAUACACCAUUUGGUCCAUUGAAAUUGGAUGAGGAUGUCCUUGGGGAAUUAAGAGGUCUAUCGAAGAGUAGUAAUAGUGGUGGUGAAUUUGGUACAACUCUUACUAAAGAGGAGGAUGAAGAUGAGCAUUCUAUUGAGAUGCAGUUACCACUAAUAUAUCAUCAACUUAAGCACCGACUGGGUAUACAGGAUCUCACUAUUGUGCCCAUUCUGGUUGGUGUUCUAUCUCCUAAUGUAGAGAGGGUUGUUGGCAGACUACUGGCCAAGUAUUUCAAAGAUCCUGGUACACUGUUCGUCAUAUCAAGUGACUUCUGUCAUUGGGGUACAAGGUUUAGAUAUACUCAAUUACAGAAGGAUAAGGUCAAGUUAGCUGUGAAGUCAAUAGUGUUUGAUCCGAAUACACAACCAAUAAAUGCUGGUAUAGAGGCUAUGGAUCGUGAGGGUAUGGAAUUAAUAGUAAAUCAGGACUCUGAAGGCUUCAAAAGAUAUCUACAGAUGACUGGUAACACAAUAUGUGGUAGACAUCCAAUCAGUGUCCUUUUGGAGAUCCUUAGAAAUGUCAAGGAGGAGUACACUAUCAAGUUUGUGGAUUAUAAUCAGUCCACUUUAUUACCAUCAGUCCCUUGUCGAAAUGACAGUUGCGUCGCGUAUGCGGCAGGAGUUGUGGACAAACAGUGA